AGGCCGGUUACGUAGAGAGCGUCGCUGUGGGCGGAUCUCUGGGCUGGAGUCGGGCUCUGUCGGCGUUAGCCAGUCGGGCUAGCAAUGACGGAUAGAUUCGCUGCCACCGGGUUCGGGAUUGUGAGCCGCCAGACAUGAUUCUGUGGAGACCACCGAACAAGGCCUGAGCUGGUUUGUCAGCCUUGUGUAGGUUUGGUUUUCACCCCCGAGUGUCCUGUGGAUAUCAGCGGACCAUGGUGGUCUGAGCGGAGGGCAGCAGGGAGGCAGCCUGGCACAGUGUGUGUUCACUUUAACGCAGCGAGAAGCAGCGAGACGGACCAGCGGCACGAGGACGUAAAGCACAUUGACACGCAACAUGUCUCAGAACAGAGAACUGGUGGUUUUCUACAUAAAGUAUAAACUCUCCCAGAGAAACUAUCCCCUCAACCACAUGGUGCUGAAUGAGGCUCCCAGCAGGACUGAUGGGGGGGAGGCCCGGCUGGGAGAGGAACAGCGGACAGAGACACACGCCAACGGGACUUUUAACGGCACGAGUCCCGGGACCCCCCCGCCGUCCCCGCGGCGGCUGGCGUCGACGGCGACCAUGGACGCGGUGAAGGAGGCCCUCCGGGACACGGCCAACGAGUUCGAGCUGCGGUACGCCCGCGCCUUCAGCGACCUGCACAGCCAGCUGCACAUCACGCCCGCCACCGCCUACCAGAGCUUCGAGAACGUGAUGGACGAGGUGUUCCGGGACGGCGUCAACUGGGGCCGCAUCGUGGGGCUGUUCGCGUUCGGCGGGGCGCUGUGUGUCGAGUGCGUGGAGAAGGAGAUGAGCCCCCUGGUGGGCAGGAUCGUAGAGUGGAUGACCGUCUACCUGGACAACCACAUUCAGGACUGGAUCCAGAGCCAAGGAGGAUGGGAGCGUUUUGCUGAAAUCUUCGGUCAGGACGCGGCGGCUGAGAGCAGGAAGUCUCAGGAGAGCUUCAAGAAGUGGCUGCUGGUGGGGAUGACGGUGGUGACGGGGGUGGUGGUGGGAUCACUCAUCGCCCAGAAACGCCUGUGAGGAACCACAGCCAGAAGCUCCUCCUCGUCCACAUGAAGGUCCUGUUGGUCUCACCUGAACUCUGAUGAUGUUUACUCCUCCCAGAACAAAAGAAAACGGAGACGGUUGUCGUCGGUGUUCUCGUGUUUUUCCACCCGGCGGGAGAAAGACGUUGUUCUUCUUUCCUCCAUCAGUCAGUCUGUGUUCGUUUCACGUUCUGUUUGUUUCCCGUCAUCCAGAAGAGGUUCUAGUCUAAAUGAAGCCGAGUGAUUCAGGAGUUCUUCUGCCCCAUCAUGUUCUACCAGACUUUAGUUUGUGCCAUAAGAGGAGAGGAACCGGCAGAACGUUUCUUCAUGUUAUUAUGCUGCAGAGAAAGAAUCGUAAACUAGCGGGGAAACCUUUGUGUUUGUUGGUGCUUUUUUUUCUUUUUUAGUGUUUUUCUCUUAUUUUUUGUGUAUUUCUGAACCAUUAAAGUCCCACUGCUCCUGCUUGA